AUGCCGUACCGCAUUGAAUACGCGUCGACCGGGCGCGCGUCGUGCCACGGCCCGAAGCCGUGCGCGGGCUCCAAGAUUGAGAAAGGACAAGUACGCCUCGGCACCUUGACCGAGAUCCAGGGGCAUAGCUCCAUGCUCUGGCGGCACUGGGGAUGCACGACGGAGCGCGUCCUGUCGAAUAUCAAGAAGGAGGUCGAGGACGAUGCAAAGGAGCUUGAUGGAUUUGAGACGCUCGAGGCGGCCGACCAGGCGUCGGUGGAGGCGGCCUUUCAGCUGAAUCACCUCCGUGAUGAGGACGUGACGCCGUGCUUGCGCGAGAAGGAAGAGGAGAAAGAACAUGAUCAGGGCACGCCCAAGAAGGCGCCCAAGAAGCGGGCAAAGAAGGAAGAGGACGACGACGAGGAAGUCGAAGAGGGGGACGAGGAGGAUACCAAGCCGAACCUGGACGACCUUCCCGCUAAGCGCGCACGCAAGCAGCCUGUCCGAUAUGCGCCAUCGCCCAAGAAGAGGAAACGCACCAAGAAGGAGGACGACGAGGAGGAAGAGGAGGAUGAAGAAGAGGAUGAGGAAGAGGACUUUGGCGAGAGCGACGACGAUAGCGACGCGUUCGAUGAAGACGAUGACGAUGAGGACGACAACGACGACGACAACGAUGAGGAAGAGGAAGAGUACGACGACGAGUAG